AUGAAGACUGUUAAAGUUUUGUCUCUCCCUUUAAAACUUAUCCAUAAUGUAGUGGUUUUUGAAAAAUGGCAUUUGCCCACCCGUUUUCAUCUCCCGCUCUACUUCAUCAUAAACACUACAAGUCUUGAAUUGAAUACUUUAAAAGCGAACAUCAUAAACAUCGAUGUGUUUGUUAAUGAAAAAUCUAUUGAAGCUUAUGGAAAUGAAAGAAAAUCUUUUGAUGGAAUCCUAAUCGUGAUAAAGGAAUGA